AUGAUAUUCUAUGGGACACUUAUUGCCCCCCAAGUCGGGGUUCUAAUUGCCAAAAACUCAUUUGCCUCGGCCUACAAUCCCAACACUAGGCAGGAUGAAGUGGCCCCUGAUCGCUGGUCUACAGUCAUAUGGUCAAUCUGGGAGUUAGCUUGUCGAAUGUCCAGGAUUGACAGCUCUUCGCUCCGAUACGUCUUGCAAGACGCGAUUAUUAACGAGGAAACUAAUAGUACCCUUUUCACAGCCGUUUCUGCCAUGAAUCGCUUAGGCACUGAUACCUCGGGUAAUCCACUUGUCACAACUUGGACUCCCGAGGAUGACCAAUUUUACGCGGCGAUUGGAACGCCAAAUGGUGUGGGUGUCGUUUAUCUUCUGAAAGACCGUAGCAAUGCGCUAGAGCGGACGAUUUCUAAGGCUUCAACCAUUUGGGUCGCGAAAGAACAAGUUUUUUAUAUGUGGUUUGAACUGGAUGAUUAUUGUGUCUGA